GCAACGUCCAUCGAUCGGUGGCGCCCAUCAUAAUCCCAUUCCAACGCAAGGGCGCCACUCGAUCAUGACGACGCCAAGCGGUAAGACUGUCGGCAUCUGCGGCGCCACGGGUGCUGUGGGCAUCGAGAUCAUCUCGGUGCUGGCUGCGCACAAGUUCCCGGUCAAGCAGCUGGUGCUGUUCGCGUCCUCUCGAUCGGCCGGUAAGAAGGUGGAGACACCAUUCGGAGAGGUGACCAUCUCGCUCUUCUCGGUGGAGAAGGCGGCCAAACUCGACUACGUCUUCUUGGCUGUGUCGGGCGAUUUCUCACUGCAAUACGCCAAGGAACUGGCUGCGGUGCCCAAUGGACCCGUGGUCAUUGACAACUCGUCGGCCUUCCGUCGCGACCCGGAGACUCCGCUCGUCAUCCCGGAGAUCAACGGUCACGUGCUUAUCCAGAAGGACGGAAAGCCGCAACCCAAACUCAUUGCCAACCCCAACUGCACCACGGCCAUCGCUGCCAUGGCGCUCUGGCCGCUGCACUGCGAGUUUGGCAUCAAGAAGCUCAUCGUGUCCACAUACCAGGCGGCCAGCGGAGCUGGAGCCGCCGGUAUGGAGGAGCUGGCCGAUGGCGCUAAGGCCUUCUUGGCUGACGAGCCUGUGACCUACAAGGUUUUCUCGUACCCGCUUCCGUUUAACCUCAUCCCGCACAUUGACAAGUUCCAGGAGAAUGGCUACACUAAAGAGGAGAUGAAGGUCACAUGGGAGACGCGCAAGAUCUUUGGCGAGCCCAACCUCGCUGUGAGCUGCACGGCCGCCCGUAUCCCCAUCAUGCGCGCGCACUCGGAAGCUCUCUCUAUCGAGACGGAGAAGCCCGCUAACAUCGCCCGAGCCCGUGAGAUUCUGGCCAAGGCGGACGGUGUGGAUCUCGUCGACGAGCCGGAGAAGCUGCUGUAUCCCAUGCCCAAGAACGCCACCAAGAAGUUUAACAUUGAAGCCGGCCGACUGCGCAAGAGCUUGGUCUUCGGCGACCACGGCCUGGAGCUGUUCGUGUCUGGUGACCAGCUCCUGCGCGGUGCGGCGCUGAACGCCGUGCUGAUCGCCGAGUUCCUCGAGAACCCGCGCUCGACUCCGCAGUUUACUAAGAAGCCUACCACAUGCACGCUAUCGAAGGACCAGCAGCAGAUGGUGCUGGGCCUCGUGGCCGGUGUCGCGGUGAGUGUGGCCUCUGUACUGGCCUACGGUCUAGUCAAGAAGAACUAAGUCAACUAAAGACACACAGCUCCGUACAGUUUC